AUGGAGGAAGCGCACGAUCGAAAGGAUGUGGACCGCCUCGCGCGCGUAAGGGAUAACCAGCGCAAGAGCCGAGCCCGAAAGCAGCAGUAUGUGAAGGAGCUAGAGCAGCGUCUAUCUGUCUGCGAAUCUCGAGCCCAGCAAAGGGACAUUGAGUUUCGGCUCGCUAUGCAAAGGGUUGAAGCCGAGAACAGACAUUUGAAAACUCUCCUGGGAUCACUUGGUAUCUCGAAUGCUUCUGUGCAGCAAUAUCUGCAGGUGGUUGAGCAAAGAGAAAGUAAUACCCAAAAGAUUGCUAUUCCUGCUGUUCAGCGACCCGAGGGAUUCUAUUCACCGGCACCUUCCGAUGGUUCGGACCGCAGGCUGUCUGUGGCGAUGCCUCGUGUCUAUGAGAACCAGGAGAAGACGGAACCAACUGAAGAGCAGUUGUCUGCCCGGGGUAGUGUCUGUGGACCGCCAUCAAGCAAUGGUUCGUGCUUACCACAGACUGGGAGUAGUUCUUGUGGACCACCUUCCAGCAAUGCCUGUACUCCGACUGGCACAAACAAUACCUGUGGACCAACAACGUUCAGUAAUGCCGGUGGUCCGACAGCCAACAAUAACGCCUGUGGGCCAGCUCUCGGCAAUGCUUGUGGACCAUCUUCUAGCAGUUCCGGCGCUCCAACCGGCAGCAGCAGCAGCAGCAGCAGCAGCAGUUAUCGACCAAACUCUAGCAGCAAUGCAUUUGAAUCAACCACGAGCAACAGUGGCUGUGGGCCAGAAGCAGCAGAAGAAGCAAAGUCUACCGAAACACCCAGUCAAGAGCCAAAAGUAGAAGAUCCCGAUUUAUGCGGAUGCAGUCCCAAUGGCCAAGCAAUGGAGGCAGCGUCAGAAGAAGACCUUCUGAACUCAACCGUCUGUGGCAUCGCUGAUGACAUGAUCAACCGAUACAACACGAAAGGAUUGGACGUGGAAGAGAUCCGGCGCAGAAUCUGGUCCGGAUUCCGGGCGAGCACGAAUGGCACUGGCUGCAGAGUCCAGAAUUCCGUUCUGUUCCAAGUGCUAGAUGAGAUCAGCCACGACAUAUGA